GGAACGACAUCAAGGAAACAAUAAACAAAUGUUCAGCGUGUCACGCCUCUUCUUUGGAGCCAGUUCAUGACCAUGUGGAUGAAGGUUGUUAUCUUUCUCUUGACUAUCUCCUCCAUUGGGUGUGCCCAAGAACUCAUUACAGCUAAGAUUGGAGAAACUGUCAAACUCAAUUAUGGAUCCAACGUCUAUUUUUGGACGCGCAGGAGGACUUCGAAGGAAGACUUCGAGUUUAUAGAAUAUUGCGGACCGGAAAAAGACUCCAGAUGUAAAUUCGUAAAUGCGCAAGACAAACCAGUUCUCCCCGAAUCAAAGGCUCAUGUAGAAAAGGAUGGCACCCUUGUUAUUGAAUCUAUCAAGCCGACUGAUGCCGGCUUUUAUGCAGUUUUGAAGAAACACGGUUGGCGUCACGAGAACGGAAUGAGACUUGGCAAGACUGCCAAGGAGUACAUUCUCGAAGUCAAGAGCUGAACACUCACUCUUCACCUAAACUUGUGCGAUAUUCGAUAUAAAUACUUCAUAUAUUA